CAGUUGCUUUUGUGUUUGCCUGAUAAGCCCCUAGCCGGGGAUGAAUGGCCUGCAAAAAUGUCCAGCUGGUUGGUCACAAAGAUGCGUCCACUCAGAAGUGAAUACCCGUUGUUCCGUUCAGCUAUAAAAGCUCCAGCUUGAGCCCAAGUUGAGCACAGUUGAAUUUUGCCAAGCAAAGUAUUGUCAGCUCCGACGAAAGAUGUCUGCCAACAAGUGCUACAUCCUGCUGCUCCUCGCCUGCUGCCUGGCUGCUCUUGCUGUUGCUGAUGUGCCGGGUAAUCCAGCUAACAGGCUGAUACGACGCCAGAGAUCGCCGCAGCCGCAGCAUGGCCCUAUGGUUUUAACAGCUGACAAGGAUGAGGCGGGACGUCAGGCGAACAACCAGUAUAAUCAUAAUCUUUUCACUCGUCGCAAUGGGCUCGGCAGCAUAGGCAAUCCCAAUAUUGAUUACAACCACAACAGUUUCGGCGGCGGCAUUCAGGGUAAUUGGCGUUUCUAAUUAACACGCUAUAUGCUCAUCCGAUUCACAGCAAUAAACUGUAUAUGCAUAUAACGAAUCCGUGGCUA